UACUGAAUGAUGUCUUUAGUUGUCAACCUAUUCGAAAUGUAACGAAAAUGAAGUGUAUUAUUCCAGGGAAUAAUAUCAAAGUUUUUGGAAGAGGAAUUCAUUCUUUGUCAAAGAUUGGAGAAGAACUUUACAUUGAGCCACUGGAGCAUGGUCUUGCUUUGAGGACAGUGAAUUCAUCUAGGUCAGCAUAUGCUUGUUUUCUGUUUGCUCCAAGCUUCUUUCAGUACUAUGAUGAUGGAUCAGGUGAUAUAUCCUCGCAGGAUAGUGACGACACGCUUCGGUGUAAAAUUGCUAUGAAGUCUAUUCUGACGGUGUUCAGGUCUUUGUCUACAUUAGAGAAGUCUGUAGAAAGAUGUAAAAUACGUCUUAAUAUGAAAGAUUCCAGACUAGUAUUUCAGUUAUACUGUAGACAUGGUAUAGUGAAGACACAUAACUUGGCAUUUAUAGAAUGUGAGACAUUACAGGCUGUUUUCUCUAAGGAUAUGUGUCCUAAUGCUUUAACUGCCUCGUCAAAGUUACUAUGUGAUGCUGUGAUGAACUUUCAGAACAAUCAAGAGGAGGUAACUCUGAUUGUUAGUCCAGAAAAAAUAGUCCUCAAGAACUAUGUUGAUGAUGAGCCAGAUCCCACUAAAGUGAUGCACACAAAUUUGAGCCUGGAGCCAGAUGAAUUUGAUAACUGUCAGAUAGGAGUUGAUACUGAAGUCACGUUCUGUCUGAAGGAGUUAAGGGCAAUCUUAGCAUUUUCAGAAGCAACUACCCUGCCACUCACCCUGCAAUUUGAAACUGCUGGAAGACCAAUAGUGUUUACAAUUGAUAGUGACAGCACAUUUGAAGGUAAUUUUGUUCUAGCCACACUAGCUGAUCAACAAAGUCAAAGCCAGGCUCCAACACAUUCCAGGGCACCAAGUACACAGAAAAGAGCACAAUCACGAUCAUCCAAGGCAGUAGGAAAUAGACAAAGAUCAUCAUCAAUGUCUCAUACCAACCCUGGUAAUAAUGGUGAUAGUAUACAAUCUGCAAGGAAAACUGGAAGUAGCACUGACCUUGAUAGAUCACAGAGACUGGAAUCAGCGUAUGAUGAACUGAUGAAUGAUGAUGAUGACUUCGAUGAAAUGAUAAUACAAAAUGACACAACUGUUACAGUGCAAAAUAGUGAUAGAACUAAACAAAUUGACCAACAAAAUAAAAGACAACAUAUCAGUGGUGUUUAUUCUGUACAAACUGUAAGUUCUAAGGGAGACAACAUAGUGAAACAUGUCCGGAGUGACUCCCCAGUUGCUGGAUGCUCGAAAUCAAGUGAAGAAAGUCCAGUUAUACCAGUUCUAGGCUCCAAAGUAAAGAUUUGUGAUACCUCUGUCACAGACGUUGCUAUAGGAGACGAUGAGAACCAGGAAGACGAAGAUGAGCCGGUUCCUGGCACACCACCUGCUAAAAGAUUCCGGUCAUUAUUUUUCGGAAGUUCACAAGCAAGUCAAUCACAGACACAGUAUCAAUCCACGAAUCUGUCAACGUCGCGAGUAUUAGCCCAGGAUUCUGACGAGGACUAACGUGUUGUUCUUUAUAGAAACAUAUACCUUUGCCAUGUUAAAUGAACUUGUCCUAUCAUUCAAUCUGGACAUAACCAUUUGUCAUUUUUAGGGAAUAUUUCCAAAUAUGUACAGAGUGUAUAGCCAACAGUGUAAACCAUGACAAGAUGGCAUAGAUGUGCUGGCUGAUCUUGGUUUGUAUUUGUCACAUGGGCAGAAUCAUUUGCUGCCAGCAGGUUAAGAGUUCAAUACCCAAGAUUGAUAUGCUGUGUUUACUAAUGGAAUUUGUUUCAACAACAGU